GCUCCACUUCUACUGGCACCGCCCUCCACUUGAGCUGGUGGAGCAGCAAAGCCGGGAUCCAGAUACGGUCCGGAUCCUUCUGAAUGGGUGCUUCGAUUUGAUGCAUGUGGGUCACUUCAAUGCCCUGCGGCAAGCGAAACGGCUGUUUUUCCAGCAGGGCUACAAGAAGGUGGUUAUGGUGGCGGGGAUCCACUCAGAUGAAGCGAUAAGCAAUCAGAAGGGACCUCCGAUGAUGUCCAACGACGAAAGAACUGCUAUUCUCGAGGCUACAAAGUGGGUCGACGAGUUCGUCACGCAGUUGCCAUACACACAGAUCUCAGUGCAGAUGGCUGACACGCUCCGUGUGAAGUGGGUCUGCCAUGGCGAUGACAUGCCCGUUUGUAGAGGCGGCCAUGGCAUGUACAGCGCAGUGGUGGAGGAGAAGCGUUUCCAGGUGCUGAAACGCACUGAGGGUAUCUCCACGACCCAGAUCAUUAGCCGCAUCAUCCAACAACAAGGAUGGAGUCAGCAUCAGGGCGAAGCCGGCGGCGCCGGUGAAGCGCUAAGCAGUGCCCUGUGCACUGCGCAGCGGCUGCAGCAGUUUGCCGCUCCCCCGGGUGACAGGCCACCCAAGCAGCUGACUGCUGCCAAGCGGGUGGUCUAUGUUCCAGGCAUUUUCGACCUGAUCCAUCCAGGGCAUGUGAGUAUCUUGCGACAAGCCGCAACGCUGGGUGACUUUCUGCUAGUCGGUCUAUACUCAGACGAGACUGUGACAGUUCACAGGAACCAUGGCAAACCGCCUGUUCUGACACUGUUGGAGCGGGCACUGGCAGUCUUGUCAAUGCGAUGGGUGGACGAUGUGGUGCUGGGAGCUCCGUGGAAUGUCACUGACGAGCUUUUGACAUCCAUGAACAUCAGCUGCGUGGUCUUGGGUCGAGCUCCUGGCGCAUCGCAAGAGGACUCGGACCAGUUCCUGGUGCCCCGACGCCGCGACAUCCUCACGGAGCUCACAAGUUGCUUCGCCAUUUCCUCCGAGGCCUUGAAGCAGCGGCUCAUUGCAUGCUCGGCCGAGUUGGUGAAGCGGAACAGCAAAAUGAUGGAGAAAGAGCUGAGCUACAUCUCUGGCAAGGGCUAUGUCCCUGAGGCCUGAAAAAGCUGCACAGGCUCCAAGUGAGGAUGAGAAGUAGCUAUGUUUGGAGCUCAUGUUUGAGAUAAAC